GGUGGGCGGGACCAGUGGCACAAGCAAGGACAUUUUGAUUGGCUGAGUAAACUUGACAGGCAGAGCUAAAAGUUAAACUCGGUGUAUAAGGAAGUCAGUCUGUCAAGUUUGUGUUCAGACGCACACAGAGAAACAAACCGCUUCAACCGUUAACCUGACAGAGACCCGGAGCCAUGAGCAGAUCUCCCAGCAAAUCCAAAGAAUGCACCCUCAAUGCAGAGGACGGCUACGUGCGGAUGUUCCUGCGGGGUCGGCCGGUCACCAUGCACCUCCCUGAUGAGCAGAGAGAGACUUACAGCUUGGAGCACAAGGUGACCCUGCCUGACCGCAAGCUCAAACUGCAGUGGGUGUAUGGCUACCGCGGCCGGGACUGCCGCUGCAACUUGUACCUGCUGCCCACCGGGGAGAUCGUCUACUUCAACGCCUCGGUGGUGGUGCUGUACAACACCGAGGAGCAGCAGCAGAGACACUACCUCGGCCACAACGACGACGUCAAAUGCCUCAGCGUGCAUCCUGACAUGGUUACCAUAGCAACAGGACAAGUGGCCGGAAACUCCAAAGAUGGCAAGCUGCUGGCUCCUCACGUGCGCGUGUGGGACUCGGUGAGCCUCAACACCCUCCAUGUGAUCGGGAUGGGCGUGUUCGACCGAGCCGUCACCUGCAUCACCUUCUCCAAGUCGAACGGCGGCGCCCACCUCUGUGCUGUGGAUGACGCCAACGACCACAUCCUGUCGGUCUGGAACUGGCAGAAGGAGAAACAGCUGGCUGAAGUCAAGUGCUCUAACGACUCCGUGCUGGGGGCUGCUUUCCAUCCCAUGGAUGCAAACUUGAUCGUCACCUGCGGAAAGUCACACAUCAACUUCUGGACCAUGGAAGGGAGCACGCUCACCAAGAGACAGGGCCUGUUUGAGAAACAUGAGAAGCCUAAGUAUGUGCUGUGUGUGGCGUUCACCGAGAAUGGCGAUGCCAUCACUGGAGACUCCAGUGGAAACAUCUACGUCUGGGCCAAAGGUGGUAACCGCAUCAGCCAGGUUGUGGCGGGGGCCCACGAGGGCGGGAUCUUCUCUCUCUGCGUUCUGAAGGACGGCACGUUGGUGUCUGGAGGAGGGAAGGACCGUAAGGUGGUGCUGUGGGACCACGACUACAGCAAACAGUCUGAGUUUGAGGUUGGAGAGGCAUUUGGCCCCGUCAGGGCCCUGGCAGAGGGCAAACCAGGAGAGCUCUUCAUAGGAACCACCAAGAACGCCAUCAUUAGAGCUUCCUUCCCUGAUACAGUAACCCCCAUUGUACAGGGCCACACAGAUGAGCUGUGGGGCCUGGACGUCCAUCCUUCCAUGGACCAGUUUGUCACCUGUUCCCAGGACAGACAGGUCCACCUCUGGGACACCAACUCCCACCAGCCUCUGUGGAGCAAGACCAUCGAGGACCAAGGCAGGUCUGCAGGUUUCCACCCCAGUGGGGCUGUUCUGGCUGUGGGGACCAUGUCUGGGAGGUGGUUGGUGUUGGACACCGACACCAGAGACCUUGUUUCUAUGCACACGGAUGGCAACGAGAUUAUUUCCAACAUCAAGUACUCCCCAGAUGGCAACUUCCUGGCGGUGGGUUCCCAUGACAACUUUGUUUACAUCUACGCAGUGACGGAGAAUGGAAAGAAGUACAGCCGCGUGGGCAAAUGCACCGGCCACUCCAGCUUCGUUACCCACCUUGACUGGUCGAGAGACAGCCAGUACCUCGUCACCAACUCAGGAGACUACGAGAUCCUCUUCUGGGAGGCGUCCAGCGGUAAACAUGUGACCAGCAUGGAUGUGGUCCGUAACCUGGAGUGGGCCACCUCCACCUGCACGCUGAGCUUCAGCACCUUCGGAGUGUGGCCAGAUGGAGCAGACGGUACAGACAUCAACGCCGUGUGCAGGUCACAUGACGGCUCCCUGCUCGCCUCCGCUGACGACUUUGGCAAAGUGCACUUGUUCUCCCAUCCCUGCUCACAACCAAGGGCUCCAAGCCACAUGUAUGGUGGCCACAGCAGUCACGUGACCAACGUUGCCUUCCUGAACGACGACAGUCACCUGAUCUCCACUGGCGGGAAAGACACCAGCAUCCUGCAAUGGGUGGUCGUCUAGGAAACACCGAUCACCGCGGAAACAGCAACAUUUCAUAACCAUGUAACGCCUCUACUGUAUCCUCCUGCCCACCAGAGGGCAGCACGUCUGUGCCUGUCAAUAAUAACUUGACUAAUCCCUGAUGUCAUAGCAGACCGAAGCAUGUAAUGAGUGUAAUAGCGUCAGAGAAUGAUAAUAAUAAUGAUAUUUAUACAGCACUUUUCUAAAACAAUAGUACAAAGUGCUAAUAUUGAAAAUAGAUAACUGUAUGGUAGUCUGGAACGAAGAGAAACAAACCACGAAACACAUCCUAAUUAAGGGCCGUCCACACCAAGAACGAUGACUAAACGAUGACUAAACGAUGGGAGCGUCCACACUGGUGAGCGAUAGCGUUCUGGAAACGGUGGCCCCGAGCACGCGCUCCCGCCGCGUUGGCAGCAGCUCAGGAAAAUUGGUACUGAUGGAUGAAGUGGCGCUGUAUGUUGUGCAGAGAAAGAAAAGGAAAACCAGAAGGGGAAAUUCCUCACCGACGAGAGGAGCCAGGGGAAUCCAACGCUCUGUUAAAAGAGUUGUUGUCGUCUUUUGAAGACUGAUUUUUAUUCCUACUUGCAUACGAGUCAACAUAAAGUCGAUGGCAUCAUGGUGAUCGUCAUAGAGGACACCAGUAAGGGCCAGGCGAACGUCAGACACCCCCAUCUGCAACAUUAUUUUGCAGGAAAAUGUCCCCAAAAUUGAUGGCACCCAAAUCUGUUUAAUCAAACGGGUGCUUUUGUUUUUUUAAACCUCAAUGAUGAGUUGAAUGUGGCGUCCUUUAAAUCCAGAUGGAUUUUGAUUGGCUGUCGGUGCGUCAUCAAAUCGCCCUGAAAGUGAUCCCCGCGAUAUCGUUGGCCUCUGUGGUCGUCACGAUGGUUGUGGUGUGGACUUUGCCAUUCACUUCAGUUAGAGUAAUUUUUAAAACAACAUAUUUGUAGUUAUUACAGUUAUUAUAGUCGUUGGUCUUGGUGUGGACGACCCUUUGCCCCCGCUGCAGUAGAGCUGUUUAACCACACGACUCCAGCAACCCCCACGAAUGUACCCAUCCACCUCAUACAACCCACCAUCUAACAAAACCUUGAGACGGUACAAGAUAUAAAGGUGUCAGAAGGACAUGCAUGUUAGGGUUAGUACUCCCGCCUGUGCCCCUGAGCAAGGCAGUGGGAAGAAGAACUGGAGUUGGUCCCCGGGCCCGCUGCUCCCACACAAUCGGAUGGGUUCCAUGCAGAGGAUGAAUUCGUUGCAAGGACACAGUGACAAAAGAAAGUGGCUUUCUUCUUCUUCUUCUUCUUCUAAGUUUAUCUACUUAAACAUGAAAUAACAAUAACAUCCACGGGAAUUGUUUAAAUAUGCUAAUCAAACUAUUGCACAGGCCCACAAAACCUGUUUUGUUGUGGUUUGAAAGCUCUAGCGGCCAAUAAGAUUUCUGAGUCGGGAGGAUCCAAAUGCGAUUGGUUGCUAAGGUGGUUGCUUAGGCGUCAUAUUCCCGCGUGAGACCCGGUGUUGCAUUUCGGACCACCAAAAUAACAGAUUUUGUAGGGCCGUCAAAAUUUCUAAAACGUAAAGAUAGAUGGGCGAUUUAUUUCUGCAGGUGGGGGAAAGUAGUACUUGACAUUUACACGAUUCCCGUGGAUGUGUUAUGUUUGUGUGAUCGUUUAAGUGCACAAACUUGUGUAUUGUACCUUUAACUAGCCCACACUGGCUGGCUGGCUGGCUGGCUGGCUGCUGUUGGAGGUGACCACGUGAGAGAUACUUGGGACAUCAACGAUCUUAACUUAUUCUUAACUGUGCCUGAACCUCAUUUCUGUUCUCCACCCACCUUACACCACCCUCCACCUUGUGACCCCCCCCCCCCAAAACUACAACAAGAUUGUAAUCAUUGGAAGAUUGUUGUCAGAUUGUAAACGGAGUGGAGAUGUAAUUUUAAACGGUAUUGUUCCAGGUCCCCCACCGGCCCGACUCCUGCACUCCUGAUUGUACUACUACUGUAACCUGUACUGUGCUGAGGAGGCACUAGAUGGCGCUAUACAAUAAGAGAAUUAGCAUGCCCUACGGCUGUCCUCCCCCUGUAGAUGCUGUUAAUGUUGCAAAGGUCUAUGGAGUAAAUACAUAUAUAUAUAUAUAUAUGAUGAAGUAUAUCCGAGUGGCUGUGUUAUUUUAAUAUUUAACUGUAACCGUGAUGGCUGUCGUCCCAGUCUUGAUUCUCGUGGCUCUGUUAGCGGUCGACGGGUCGGUGGUAAAGGCUACGCACCGACUUGUAGAGGCGAGUCUGAGCUGUGCUGCGCCCUCUUCUUGUUUUGCUAAUAAACUUUUUA